AACUUGUAAACAAAACACGACAACGUGACUGGAAGGAGAAGACACGGAGUCUGAAAUCCAUUGUAUAAUUAUCGUAUUUUUACAAAUAUUGAAUUAAGACAAGCCUCUCGAGAUGGCACCAAAGAACCAGAAGAAAAAGGGAAAGCCGAUGAAGGCCGUAAAUAGACAGACAAAAGUCCACAUUAAGUUUGAUCCAAUAGACAGAAGGAAAUAUCUGAAGGGAUUCCACAAGAGAAAGGAGGAGCGUCGGAAAGUGGCCCAAAAGCAACUGGAAGUGGCCAUGAAGAAAGAGAAAAGGGACAUUAGAAAAGAUCAUGUGGAGCCAAAGAAUCUGAAGACAAUGACAGUAGUCACCCCCCAGAGGAUGAAAGCACGCCCCAAGAGAGGCUACUCGAACUUGGGGUAUACAGCCAGAAGGACUUGAACAAGUCAAUUAAACGGACAGCCUUCCGUGCCCAGCAGAAAAGCCGGCUGAUGCAGCAAAAGGAGAAGACCUUAGCACGAGAACAGAAGAAGAAGCAGGCCAAGGUGCGGGCCAAGCUUAAGGCGAGGUUGGAGCGGCCUAACAAGAACAAAGGCCGCAGACACUGUCGAUAGUGAGGAAAGGGGUGGGAGGUCUAGGUCAUGAAUUUUGAUGGUGAAGAGAAAAUUCUUUUUUAUUACUAUUUUUUUGUACUAUGUUGUUUAUUGUUAUUAUUAUUAUUAUUAUUUUUUUUCUUAUGUAUUUUCUCUUUUUUAAGAGAAAUAAAAUGAAAAUAUA